GGAGGACCCGGGAGGACACGGGAGAUGGAGCUGGAGCUGGAGCCGCCCCUGGAGAGGGCGUGCGAUGGCCGGCAGCAGCCACGGGGAGUAUCGGGGCUCGGUGCUGGCUGCGCCAAGGGAGCAGCGGCGCCUUCCUGGAGAGGCGCGGAGCUAAACUUCCACAUGGGAGAGAGCCUGGGCACCCCCCGCGCCUCUGUGGGCAGCAGAAACCCCGAAGGGAGAAGGAAGAGCCAUUCUCCGACCCUGGAAGGCCCGGGUGCAGCUCGCCAUUCUCCGUGUUCAGGGGUUUAUGUGGGAAUCAGAGCAGAAUGGAUCGGUAUCGAUAUUUCAUCUUUAACCAGAGGAACAUGGUCGUGCUGGGGAUGUUCCAGGUUGCCUUCAGCACCGUCUGUGUCACCAGUGGGUUCAUAGAUGGCAUUUUCAGAACAGAGUCUCAGCUGGGCAAAACCAGAGCUCCAAUUUGGGCUGGCAUGGUGAUGGGAGUCCCAGGCGUCCUGGCUUUGUUCUCCUCGCAGAGGAAGAAUCCAGUUCUUGUGAAUGUACUGAUAGUUGCUUCCAUAAUGUCUUGUGUUGCCAUCUUCAUUGUAAUAGUUUAUAGCUCCUUCACACUGAGCUAUGGGGAAGAGGAGGAGCUGAGUUCUGCCCCAGUCCAUGUUAUCCAUACUAGGUUCAUACUCAGUAAAGUUGUCAAGGGUGCCAACAUAGCCAUGCUGGCUGUGUCCAUCUGCAGUGCCUUUUCUGUGCUGGCCAUGGCUUACUUGGGAUGCCGGAGCCUUCCACGCUGCUCCUGCUAUGACAGUGUGACUGGCAUGGAAUGGUUGCAGCCCAGUGAGGACCAAAAUCAGGCUGUGGAAAUGAUUUGUGCUGUACAAAGCCCUGGAGGGAGAAUUUUUAACUUCACAGAUCGGUUUCCAGCCCAGGAUGUAGAUGCAGAAGAAGACACAUCCAAACCUCCACCAUAUAUCAGAAUGACUUGAAAAAGUGGCUGAAGAUUUUGUUCAAAUGUGGCAAGAGAGAUGCAAUCAGUUCUUAAUCUUUAAAGAUGGUUAUGCACUUUUCCUUGGCCAUUUGAAAAACACACACAGAGUGAACUCAUGAAUGCCCAGCACUGAGCAGAGAUCACAGUGCAGAGGGAAACAUCUGCAGGCGAUUUUGAACUUUCAGACUUUGUACAGUGAAAAUACCUCAUUGCCUCUGAAGUGAGAGCAUUUUUUAGUCCAGCUUUUGUAUUUAAAUCAUGUCUCAUUUCACUAGAAUGCAUCAUGUAAUUUGUGCAGCAGUGCUAGCCUUAGGCAUUUAAAUAUUAAAUAUAAUUCCUUUUUCUUCAACUGCUAUCUCUAUUUUUCCCUCUUACUGCAUGAAUUAUUUGGAUGAUAAUGAAGGACACCCUUCAUC